AACUAUCCAUCCACAUACACCAAUAGUCAAUUCCAUAGUUUAAAUUCAUUUCAUAUAUAGGAGAAUAUUCAUUUACUAUAUUAAUAAUUAUAUUUUGCAUUAAUUAAUAUAUAGUUCAACUUCAACCUACUAUUUCAUACAUAUAGAAAUCGAGAGUGAAGAAAAAAAUUCAACACUUUUUCCACCAUGAGAUCAACCAGUUGCUGCCUCCGUCUUUACCCUACACCAACUUCAAAGGCUUCUCUCAUCCCCUCAAACCCACCUCAACUUUCCUUGGAGAAAAAUAGAGGAAGCUGGAAAAGGCCAUGCGUUGUUAUAGGAGUAGCUUCAUGCUUCACCAUAAUUGGACUACAAUUCAACAGUUCAGUGAUAUCAGGACACGAAGUUGUUGUUGUGCCUAAGGAGGAGAUCAUGGUCAUGACCAUGUCAAAUUCAAUAGAUGAUGAUGAUUAUGAUGAUGAAUAUGAUGAGCAUGAGCAUGUGGUUUUGGUUGGUGGUGUAGCUAAAUGGAGCCAGAAAAGGAUGUGUCCAUCUUGGCAAGGAAAUAAUCCACUUGAAACAAUCGUGCCGGAGAAUCUUCCACGGCCGGCAGCACGACGGCGAUACGAGGCGGUUCGCUCCGACUCCAAGACUGCGCCGCCGCUCUCACUUUCUUCAGUCAAACUUAAAACCAGUAGGGGCGAUUGUUUCUCCAUGUGAAAAUUCAAUCAAAUUAGAAUUGCAGUACAUAAUUAUUAAUUAAUUUUUCUUUUGUACAAAUAUUCAUAGCCAAAUCAAAUGUAACAUUUUUUUUCUUUCAGAAAUGUAUCAAAGGUUGUGUAAUAAUGAUUGUAAUAUAGCUAGUACAUAGUACUCGGUUGGAUUUAUGUAGGUUGAUCAUUGUAGUACAUGUAGUACAAAUUUCGAUUGCUUUCCAGUUUUACCCUUUAAUCCAAUAAUAGAUUACCAUUGUACUACA